AGUCUGUGCUGCAUGGAGAACUUUGCAGAUCUCGAUUCCCCGUUAGAACUUUUCUUUGGUAUAUUUCAAGCAAAUUACUGUAAGUGUCAGCAAAACUAAACUUGGGGUUCCUCUUCUCCUGGAGGCUUCAGAUCAGGUGAAGGCAUGAAGUACACUAGCACACGUGGAGGAGUGUCAGAUGUGGAUUUUGAAGGAGUGCUAUUUGCUGGUUUCGCUCAAGAUGGAGGUCUAUUUAUGCCCGAGCACAUUCCCAAGGUGAACAAGGAAACACUGACAACAUGGAGAUCUUUCUCCUACAAAGAAUUAGUGAAGGAAAUCUGCUCUCUCUUUGUCACCCCUGAGGUUAUACCCAGACAUGAGCUGCAUGGCCUGAUAGACAAAGCUUUACAUCGCUUUAGGCACAAGGAUGUUGUUCCUAUGUCCAGGUUGAAAAGUGGUCUGAAUGUCCUGGAGAUGUGGCAUGGAGCUACACUUGCCUUUAAGGAUCUUGCAAUGUCCUGUGUCGGGCAGUUUUUAGAUUACUUUUUAAAGAAGAACAAUAGACAUGUGAAUAUCUUGGUUGGGACAUCAGGAGACACGGGAAGCGCUGCUAUCGAGGGCGUGCGCGGAAUUCCAAAUAUUGAUAUCACUGUCCUGUUGCCACAUGGGCGGUGUACGGAAAUCCAGGAGCGGCAGAUGACCACAGUCAUUGAGGACAAUGUCCACGUGUUUUCUGUUGAUGGAACAUCAGAUGAGCUUGAUGAACCCAUUAAGAAGCUCUUCAGGGACACUGAAUUUGUGAAGAAGCAUAACCUAAUGAGCACAAACUCAGUGAACUGGGCACGUGUAAUGGUCCAGAUUGCCCACUUCUUCUAUGGGUAUUUCCAAUGUGCUCCAACACAGGUCGAUGACGUGCUACCUCCCGUGGAAAUAGUGGUCCCAACAGGUGGAGCUGGAAACAUUACAGCGGGGUGUAUUGCCCAGAAGAUGGGUCUGCCAAUCCAGCUGGUGGCUGUAGUGAAUAGUAAUGAUAUUAUUCACCGAACUGUACAGCAUGGUGACUUCUCUCUGGGGGACACAGAGAUGACGUUGGCAUCUGCUAUGGAUAUUCAGGAGCCCUACAACAUGGAGCGGAUACUCUGGCUGGCUGCAGAUUCUGACAGUGCAAAAAUCAAAGAAAUGAUGAAAGAAUUUAAUGAGCGCAAAAGGCUCAAGUUGCCCCAGGAGCUGCACAUACGGCUUCUGGAAAUGAUGAAAUCCUGCUCAGUCACAGACAACAACAUCCUCCAGACCAUUAGACGCUGCUGGGAGGAGAACCAGUAUCUGCUGUGUCCUCAUUCCGCUGUUGCCGUCUUUUACCAUUAUCAACAGUUUGACUGCAACCGAAACGUGCCCAGAUGCUGUUUGGCACCAGCAUCAGCAGUUAAGUUUCAGGACGUCAUUCUCCGAGCUGAUCUUGUACCGCAGAUACCACCAGAAAUAGAAGCCUUGAUGAGGAAGGAAACAAGGUUUACACUCCUCAAAAAGCAAGAUGACUGGGAGAAAGUGUUGCGAGAGAAAAUCGAAGCUAUUGACCAGAAGAAAAUGUAAAAGCUAAAAAUAUUCAGACAUCUAUAAGAUGUUUACCAGAUUCAUUAAACGUGGGAGAAAAAAAAUCGUUUAAAGGGGUUUUCUGAAAUUACCAUGGUUUUUAACAUAUCUGCUUAUGUAACUGCUCACUUCAUGUACAUCUUGCCCAUGCUUUUUUUACAAUUUGGAAUCUCCUGACCCAUUUUCCCCAUGUAAACCAAUCACUCUGGUUUGUUUCCAUCCUAUAUGUAGCACUUCCUGUUCCUGUAGCCAACCAAACCCAUGAUGCACUUCUGCUUCCUCUGCCACAGCUCCACCCCUGCCCCUAACAACGCCCAGCUGUUUUAUAGCUCCUCCCACACAGCUAGUUAUACAAACACUCCCCUAUCACUGCCUCUAACAAUGCCCAGCCAGUUUAGAGCUUCUCCAACCUAGCUAGUUACAUAGACACUCCCCUAUUACUUCUCCUAACAACACCUAGCUUUUAUAGCUCCUCUCACCUAGCUAGUUACACACUCCCCUCCCUAAAUAAUGCCCAGCUAGUUUAUAGCUCCUCCCACCCAGCUAGUUACAUAGACACUCCCCUAUCAUUGCCCCUGCUUCUGCUUUGACACUCCAAUGGAUGUAAUCCGGAUGUUAAUGCAAAGGGGAAAAUCCCUUUAAUGAAAAAUAAUCAUUGGCUUUAGCUGGCAGCAGAGGCCUAAUGUGAAGCUCCUGGGUCCCAAUGCAAAAUCUGUAACAAGUACCCCCUCUCAAUAUGGGGCAGAAGGCCCUUUGGGACCCCUCAAUCACCAGGGCCCAGAUAUGGCUACCACCUCUACACCACCUAUAACUUUGGAGGAUAGUAAGAUGGUCUUUAAAGGUCCUCCUAUACACCCCCAGAGGAUCUAAGUGAUACUCAGCACACUUUAGAUGGAAAAAAAUUGAAAAAUCAACAUGAAAACUCAUAUACUGUUGUUUUUGGUUUAAUAAACCUGAUGACCCGAUCCAUUGCUAGCUGAGUUAGCUUUAAUUACAGGGGAUGCCCACAAUUUACUGAAUAGAGAGGCAUGCACGCUUCAAAUAUACCAAAUCAUGCAGUGUAAUACUGAAUCCAUACUAUUUAAUAUUACUUAAAAAUGAAACUCCACCUUUUAUUAUCAUGUCCACAAUUACUGUAUGUGCAAUUUUUUUUUUAUAAUUUUGUUAGUAGUGAAGCUUUCUUUUCUUGUUGCGGGGCUCCAAACCCCUUGCCUAGACAUAGAUAUUAAAGUUACCAUCUGGCUAUCUGCUGCCACCACUAGAGGGAGCUUGGGAGUUAAAUAUGUAACAGUAUAACGUAUGCUCCUAAGCUCCCUCUGCUGGCAGCUGCAGGUAAAUCUAUGGCUAAAGAAAGGAUUUGGAUCUCUUGUUUUGGGAAAACAAAACUGAAUGCUAUAAAGAUCUAUUAAGAAACCAAUUGGCCAGAAUUUUGAAACUUUCUAAAUAAAAAUAUUAAGGAGACCUUC